GCAGCAGUGCAAAGAACCCGAAGAGUCCGUGAAUCGCUGUUGUGGUGUGAUAGAAAAAAAGUGUUUUAUUAAUUAAAACCAUCUUCUCCGUGUGACAGUGGGCGAGAAAAACGUGAUUCAUCGAACGCGUUCGUGCUCCACCCUCCGGACAACGCAUAUUCCAUCUGUAUCCAUUCCCAAACAUACAUGGCUCCAGCUGUUUAUCGCGACUGUGUGGCUUAUCGCACAGCGUAUGAAUGAAUAGUCAAUAUUUAACACUCUUCACCGGGGCAGCGUACGUUCCACUUCGUUCCCCCUGCAUUGCUGCAACAAAUCGCCCAGCCGCCGCCACCUCCCCCCGUCACGCACAUUCACGCGCUGCAUCCGGGUUCGUGCAUUUUUGCCAUUUCGUUUUCCACCCAGCCAAGCUGACGUCAGUGCGUGUCACGAAGGCGACGAGAGAAGACGCGGAGUAAAACCAGCUACCAGGCCCCUGAAAGAAAAGGGUGUGUUUAUUAUAAGAUUACAUACACACGCACAACGUGAAUCAACAUUCCGGGCGUGAAAAGUCCCCCCCUACGCAAAUGAGACGGUACGGUCAUUGUUAGUGCAACGCAGGUCGCGGGGAGGGGAAACCCAGCCGCGAUAAGAAAGUAACAACCAAACAGUGCACGUACCUCCGCCACCCCAAAAGCACCUCAAUCAGCACACCCCAGUUGGGUGUUUGAUUCAAUCCAAUUAGAGCGACGCAAAGCGCGGUCGCUUUUUUAGACGGUGUGAAGUGACUCAAAGGGAGAAGAGAUAGGUGCCAGUGGGUGUGAAACUGGACGUUCCGGGAGUAUAAAAAUCCCCCUUGCUGUUAGACAGUGGAAUUGUUUAAACGCUACCGUUGAUAAUCAAACCAAAUACACAGACACCAUGGAGCACCACGGGACAGACUUUCAUCGGAGCUCGAACUCGCUCGAUUCCGAUUCCAAGUCCAGCUCGCUCAACUCCAAGCACGGCAUGGACACGAUCGUAGCGAACGAAAAUGGGUUCACCUACCUGUCCGGUGAAAACAUGCAGGAUCGGAAAAGUGACGUCUCGUACAUCUGCCCGUACAGUGGGCCGGCCAUCGGGACGCUUACCAUCACCAACUAUCGCCUGCACUUCCGCUCGCAGCCCGCCACGGACAAGGACCCGGUAAUAGUGGUCGACUGUCCGCUGGGCGCCGUGAGCCGCAUCGAAAAGGUCGGUGGAGCAAGCUCGCGCGGUGAAAACUCGUACGGUAUCGAUAUUUUCUGCAAGGACAUGCGUAACCUACGGUUCGCGCACAAGCAGGAAAACCACUCCCGCCGGACGGUGUUCGAGAAGCUGCAGCUGUACGCCUUUCCGCGCGCCAACGAGGGCCAACUGUUCGCGUUCAACUAUCGGGAAAAGUUCACCGAGGACGGGUGGACGGUGUACGAGCCGGUGGCCGAGCUGCGCCGCAUGGGCGUAAACAGUGCGAACAACGAUACGUGGCGCAUAACGCGCCUUAACGAGGGGUACGAAAUUUGUGACAGCUAUCCGUCGGUGUGGGCCGUACCGAAAACGGCCAAGGAUGAUCUGCUGAAGCAGGUGGCCGCAUUUCGAUCGCGCAACCGGCUGCCCGUCCUGUGCUGGAUCCAUCCGAAGUCGCUGGCGACGAUUACGCGCUGCUCGCAGCCACUGGUGGGGGUGGGCGGGAAGCGCAGCGAAGCGGACGAAACGUACAUCAACCUGAUCAUGGAGGCGAACGCGCAGUCGGACAAGCUGUCGAUCAUCGAUGCGCGACCGAGCGCGAACGCGAUCGCGAACAAGGCGAAGGGCGGCGGGUACGAGUCGGAGGAUGCGUACAAGAACGUGGAGCUCACGUUUCUGGACAUCCACAACAUACACGUGAUGCGGGAGAGCUUGCGCAAGCUGAAGGAGAUUUGCUUCCCGGCCAACGACGACCACAAGUGGCUGUCGGCGGUGGAGAGCACGCUCUGGCUGAAGCACAUCAAGUGCAUUUUGAGCGGCGCGGUGAGGAUCGUCGAUCGGAUCGAAAACAUGCGUAUGUCGGUUGUGGUUCACUGCUCGGACGGUUGGGAUCGUACGUCACAGCUGACGGCGUUGUCGAUGCUACUGUUGGACCCUUACUAUCGAACGCUCAAAGGCUUUCAGGUGUUGAUUGAGAAGGAGUGGCUCAGUUUUGGACACAAGUUUGAGCAGCGCAUCGGACACGGCGACAAUCACCAUUCGGAUGCAGACCGUUCGCCCGUCUUUCUGCAGUUCAUCGACUGCGUGUGGCAGAUAUCGAAACAGUUCCCGCACGCGCUAGAGUUCAACGAAUACUUCCUGAUCACGAUCCUCGAUCAUCUGUACUCGUGCCGUUUCGGUACCUUCCUGUACAAUACCGAGCGCGAGCGGGUCGCAAAUGAUCUCAAAAACCGUACCGUCUCGCUGUGGUCGUUCAUCAACUCUUCGCACGAAGAGUACCGCAACCCGCUGUACGGUGGGCUGAGCAACUAUCUUAGCUCGAUGCCGGUACAAACGGUGCUGCGGCCGGUCGUCAGCAUGCGCCACAUUCGGCUCUGGAAGGGCCUAUACUGCCGGUGGAAUCCGAGCAUGCGGCAGCAGGAUCCGAUCUAUCAGCGUACGCGCGAACUGUUGGCACUGCAGGCGGAGCUAAUGAAGCAGCUGGAGGACUGUCGAACGGAGCGUGUGCUAAAUUGAGCUGGCCCAAGCUCAGUCAAUGCUUUAUACAAACACACACUCGUCCCCAAAAAUUAACAGCCGCGUGUCCUUGUGUAGACUGGGGGAAGGUUGUUGUUGUUGUUUUUUUCCUCUUUUUUUGGCGAACAAACAUACAAAACAUGAAGCAAAACUAACAAACAAACAAAAAAACGGAAGGUAUUUAACUAUUGGUUUUAAGCAAACAAUCGAAGCAAACAACAAAACAAAACAAAACUCACACAAACAUUGUAUUUCGUUUCGUGGUAACAUCUUGUGUUGUAACAGUGCUGUAUUAUUAAUAAAUCAAAAGUGUCUAUUAUUCAGUA